UGGAUGCAGACAUGCCAAAAGAGUACAACGGAAUCAUCUCAAAUAUCUCCUCUCCCGAAUAUAAGAAGAAACCUGUGUGUUCUUGGGCAAUGUCCACACCUUCCCAGUCCAGCCAAAGUCCCACUCAAAAACCUGAGGGCCUGAACUGUCAGGAUCCAAGUGGAGAUUGUAGCAGCUCCAGUUCAUCAUGUGGAACUCUAAAAACGUGCCCUUCUGGGAAAACUGACAAUUGUUUUCAGGGUAACUACUCACCAGUCUCAGAUUUCGAAGACCUGGAGAUGGAACUGGAAACUGAGAAGAACAGAGUUGCUUUAAACUUAUUGGUGGAUUCUGUGCUCAGCAGCUCAGAUGACAAUGACCGUUGGGGACUUCCUUGUAAUCAAGAAGUACUGUCCACUGAUAGUGUGGGGAAUGAUAAAUCUUUUCAGGAAGGAGAAAGUACCUUGAAUAAUCAGUGUUUACCUGUUCCUGAAAACCCUCGGGUGCCUUCCAUUCAGUUUCUCGGAUCUUUAGCUCCUAGUGGCUUAAAGUCAAACACAAAUACAGAUCAUCUUUGUUCAUUUUCAAAAGCACUGAAGCUCUCUGGGAAACCAGUGGCAUUGACAGAUACCUCUAAAGACGAGUGUGAAAAAAGCCAGAAGCAGUCCUUUAGUCAAAUUAGCUUACCUUUCUCCACUAAGCUGCUAGGAGCACAAUCCAACCUUGAUAAACCCAAGGGUUGUUCAGUUCAGACUUCUAAUAAGAAAGAAGUGCUCUUGGACAAGAUCAAAACAAAUGUUUUUUUUUGCUCUACUAAUACUUCACUAAAUAAUAGUACUUCAGUCUUGGAUCAAGUCCCAGCUUCAAUGUAUAUAGAUGGACUGACAGGGACAGCUGCUGGAGAUUCUGACGAGAGCACAAAGAUAGGUAAUAAGGCACAAAACGUUGAUUGUCAGUACUCAAAUGUAUCAUACUCAAAGGAUAGCCCAAUAAAACUCCCUUUUCAAGGGUCAUCAAUCCUGCCAUACUGUGAACUAUCUUUACCAAACCAAUUAGUAAAAGGUGUGGGUGACCAAAAAUCAAUGACAUUUCAUCAAGCACACUCCACUUCCCAUUUCUCGGCCCCAAGAAAUGGUUCCUCCAAAUCACUUUUAGACAGUGAUACUAACAAACUGUUGAAUCAGGUCUCGGAUACUGCCUUUCACUUGGUGUCCAGAAGCUGUUCUUCAAGCGACUUGGAAAGAUGGAAUGGUUGCAGCAGAACUGGAUCCAAACUCAAACACUGUGGUGGAAAGAAACAUCCCUUUCCUGUAUUUCCCGCUCUUAAAGAAGGACAAAGAAAGGUCUUUUCCAACUUUGAGCAGGUGGGAGGGAUAUCCAAACAUUGGCAGCAGAUUCUUGAGGACUUGAUACUUCCUGUCUCUUCUCGAUUGACUGUUACACAAGCUUGUCCUUCAGAUGCUUUACCUAUCAACCUGGAUAUAGACUCUGCGUGUUGUCCUAGCUUAUCUCAACUUUUUCACUCCACCACUUCGCCUUUGUCCACUUUAAGCAAAGGGAGCUUCUCUGGGGCAGGUGUUAGUACCGUUCUGGCUAUAUCUUCUCCAGCUUCCUUCAGACUGUGGUUUCGACACAGGCGGAUCAGCUUUCAUAUUAUGCAGUUGACAUGUCCUAGUAUCCAUACGGUUGUGAGUCGGAUUUUGGAAAUGUGCAAGUGUCAUCCUUUUCGACCUCUGGUUGACUUCACUGCUCCACCUGGCGUAGACAACGAUCACCACUAUAUACGCCGAUCAAUUCAAGAAGCUACACCCAGCAGAAAAAGAGCUUCAGCACGGAAAGCCACAUCUUCAUCCGUGUGUCAUCUGUCAAAAAUUAGUUUCACAUCACAAAGGAGUCUGGAUCACUCUUCUUGGCACAGCAUCAGCCCCAAGUCUAUGCGAUUGGAUAAAUCCGCCACUGAAUCUUUGCCUAGUUUUGCUUUUGCCAGUGCAAAUGUCAAACACCCUGGUGUAUACAGUCGGGCAGCGUCAACAGAAAUGAACCAGGUGGAACUCUACGACACUAAUGCUGAAGCUCAAGGAGGUCAUCGUUCCAAAAGGGUCUCCCAAAUUCGUAUUCGUAAGACGGUUCCCAAACCAGAUAACAACCUUACUCCAAUGGGACUCCCCAAACCAAAGAGGCUGAAGAAAAAGGAAUUCAGUUUGGAGGAGAUUUAUACCAACAAGAAUUACAAGUCUCCGACCCCUAACAGAAGCCUGGAGACGAUAUUCGAAGAACCGAAAGAGAAGAAUGGCUCUUUGGUAUGCAUUGGUCAUCAGAAACGAAAGCGGGUUCUAGACUUCCCAGAUUUCACACUGCCUCGGAAGCGCAAGGCUAAAACUAACCUGGGUCCACUGUGUGUGAAGGGUCCACGAGGACGGGCUCGUAGGGGUAGACAGGACGACGCUGACCUUGAUGUAUUGCUAAUCGAGAAGCUCACAGAGCUGGAAGACUACUUCUCUCGCCAAGGCCUGGAGGUUUAAGCUCAGUUUUUCACAAAUCUUUAUAACAAUUGAUCCGUUAUCAAAAAUGUUGGUGUUAAUAUUUUUUUGCCUGCACAAGGAAAGAAUUUGAGAUAGUUCAGGCAUCAUUGUUCAAAGAGCGUUUAGCAAUAGAGGGAAAGAACACUUUCUUGUAGCAUUUACACUUUAAACUUAAAGUGUGUCCAGUGGACUGACCCAAAAGACUUGAGGAAUGUGUGUGUGUGUGUGUGUGUGUGUGUAUGAUAUAAGCACAUUAUAGUGAACUUUUACCUGAGCACUUUCUGUAUCCUCACAAUGUGACCUAGUUUUGUUUCUCUUGCAUUAUCACCAUGUUGCUUAUACCAACACGUUCCUAACUGUCAUUUUCUGGCAAAAAAAGAGGAAUAAUGUUUGAUUGUUUGGUUUAAGCCCUUCAAGGUCUCUUAAAACAAGGAGAUGUUCAUCCUUGACUACUAAUGACAUCUGAAAUUCUUUAUAAAUGAAAAUGCUGAGGGAUUUGCUGCCAAAUACAAGAAAUUAAAAACUAGUUCGUUUUAGAUUUUUUAAAAUCUAUAUUUUAAGGAACAGUACAGUGUUUCAUCACUAUGUUCUUGAGAGAUGUUCUAAAAUAAUGCAUUUCACCAUAGAAAUAUGACUUUACUUUGUGUUUCUGCAUUUGUUGUUCUUGCAGGGCGGUCAUGAAUUAGCUAGUUUUGAAAUGGGCUUUGCCU